AUGACCACCAAUUUGCAGAAUUUCUACUUCGUGUUGGUGAUGGGAGUGAACGAGUCAUUAAUGACGAAAUCUUUAUGCAUACCGGAAUGCAUGGUGGUUCCAUGGGAAAGUGACCAAUUUAUCAAUCAGAUUAUUGAUCAAGUUUUCCCCAAUUUGGGUGUUCAUGUAAAUGAUGCAAGAUACAUGGUGGACAGAGCAUUGAUUACUCCUAUAAACGACGAUGUGGACGUGUUGAAUGACAAGAUAAUCAAUAUGUUUCCUGGUGAAGAAAUUGCAUUGUACUCAUUUGACUAUGUUGAAGAUGACAUCAGGAAUUUGUACCAACCAGAGUUUCUGAACUCAAUAACCGCAGGUGGGCUGCAACCCCACAAGUUAACUUUGAAAGUAGGUGCUCCAAUCAUGCUUUUAAGGAAUAUUGACCCUAAAUUGGGAUUGUGUAACGGUACUAGAUUGUUGUGUCGUGGUUCGUACCAAAAUCAGAUUGAUGCUGAGAUACUAACAUGA